CAACGAAGAGUACAUGGGAAGCAGAAGUACAAUACUCUCUCUCUCUCUUUCAGAUUGAUAUUUGACCUACCAAAAUGGCUACUGACUUGAACCAGAUUGCGGCAUCAAACUCCGAUACCGAGCAGGUCUUGAAGUCCAAGCCCUCCUUCCUUCUCCAGGAUAACGCUGAACUCCGUAAGGUUUUCGACCGCUUCGAUGCCAAUGGCGACGGUAAGAUCUCCUUAUCCGAGCUUGAUUCCGUCCUCAAGUCCUCAGGCUCAUCCGUUCCCUACGACGAGCUCCGCGCCGUCAUGGAGGAUCUCGACACCGAUAAGGACGGUUUCAUCAAUAUCGACGAGUUUGCCGUCUUCUGUAAGGAGCCGAUAGCCUCUAAUGAAGCCGGAGCGUCGGAGCUUCGUGACGCCUUCGACCUCUACGAUCAGGACCACAACGGCCUGAUCUCGCAAUCUGAGCUCCACCUCGUCCUCAAUCGCCUCGGAAUCACAUGCUCCAAGGAGGACUGUCAGCGGAUGAUCCACUCCGUCGAUUCCGAUGGCGAUGGAAAUGUUAAUUUCGAGGAGUUUAGGAAGAUGAUGUCCAAUAAUUCCAACUCCGAGGUGCCGAAUCAGAAUGGAACUGCCGCCACGGCGCCUUAGCCCUAGUCCUAGCCCUAGGUUUUCUUCAGUUCAUACAAUUAACCGCGUGAGAGGCAACGAAGUCGAUUUACAUCGUUCGUUCCUUUUCACUCUUUUAAUUUUUCGUUUCGCUUCUCUGUUUCUCCUUAAUCUGAAUCGAUGUAUUCAUGUAUCCUAGUGUUUUUUUAUUUUCCAAAAUAUAACAUGAAAUUCCGGAUCUGGUUCUGUUC